GAAAAUGACGUCACUUAAAGUUUGUGGGGCACACGUGGGGAGAUGGCUCCGGGUGAAGAUCAACAGCAGGCACAUCGGCCUGGAGUUUUUAAACAGAAAAAUAAAGGUCACAAACAUGGCAAGCAUCGGACGAAGGGUGAAAUUGGACGGGAGAACAAGGGCCGUGUUGCAGUCAUGGCCCUCACGAAGAAGCAGAGGAAAGAAUUUAAAAAAUUGGACCGAAGACACAAAGCUAACCAGCUACGUCGGAAUAAGAAGGAAAUGGUGCUGACCGAGAAACGGCGUUUGGGCAGCAAAGAUGGACCCCCACAUUUAGUAACAGUCGUGGCACUCCAUGCUGAUGUUGACGCUGGAGCUGUGACACGGCUGCUCAGAGCCGAGGGAGCCGGUGGGCUGGUGCGGGAGGACCAGGGAGUGAGUGGGGCAAAGGACAGCUUUGGAAUGGUCCUCCCCCGAUUCAAACAGAGGUUCAUCUUCCACCGCCCAGACCCAUCUGACCUACACUCCCUUCUUGAUGUGGCAAAAAUUGCAGACAGUCUCAUUUUUGUGUUGGAUCCUUCAGUUGGCUGGGACAGUUACGGAGAAUACUGUCUGUCAUGUUUGUUUGCGCAGGGAUUGCCAACUCAUGCUCUGGUGUGUCAGGGAGUGUCUGCCUUGGCUGUGAAGAAACGUUCUGACUGCCGGCGGUCGCUGUCCAAGAUGGUGGAGUCCCGCUUCCCCGACGCACGUCUCUUCACGCUGGACUCGGACCAGGAUGCCACCGUGCUGCUGCGCCACCUGGGCGCCCAGAAGCAGCGGCGGCUGGGCUUUCGUUCCCGGCGGGCGAACCUGCUGGCCCAGCGCGUGGCCUUCACGCCCAACCCCACCACAGAGGGGGCGCCCACGGGCCUGGGCACACUGCGGGUGUCGGGUUACGUGCGCGGGAGGCCCAUGCAGGUCAACAGGUUGGUGCACAUUGUGGGCCAUGGUGACUUCCAGCUGAGCCAGAUUGAUGCGCCCGAAGACCCCCUGCCCAUCCAGGCUACAGCGCCACGCCCUGCUAAGCCAGGAAGAGAAGGAGAUGUAGAGAUGAUGGAUGGUGGGCAUGGCGACGGGGCUGCGGUGCGUGUGCUGAUGAAGGCCCAGCCGGCCAAGAGGGAGAGCCUGCAGGCUGAGGCGGAGGUGGACCCCAUGGAUGGGGAACAGACCUGGCCCACUGAGGAGGAGCUGCAGGAGGCAGAGGAGAAGCAGAAGAAACGGGUGAUGAAGGUGCCUAAAGGGACCUCCGAGUACCAGGCCGCUUGGAUCCUCAAUGACGAACAAGAGAAUGGAGACGAGGAGGAAGACGAGAGCUGUGAUGAUGACGAUGAUGAUGCAGAAGACAUGAUGGACGAUGGAGAUGAGAUCGAUUCUCAGGAUGCUGGCUCGGGCUCCGGAGAGGAGGAGGAGGAGGAGGAGGAGGAAGAGCUUAACUCCACGGAUCACGGUGGGGUCGACCAGCGCUACGACGAGACCAUGGAUCCGGCGGAGGAGGAGGACGGCCUGAAGCGGUACCGCGAGGCCCGGUCCCACGUGAUGUUCCCUGACGAGAUAGACACGCCCAUAGACAAGGCUGCUAAGACCAGGUUUCAGCGUUACAGAGGGCUGAAGAGCUUUCGCACAUCCCCAUGGGACCCCAUGGAGAAUCUGCCCUUCAACUACUCUCGCAUCUUCCAGUUCCAGAGCUUUGAGCGUACGCGCCGCCGCGUGCUGGCCGAGAGCAGCGAGGAGGAGGAGGGGGUUAUGGUGGGCUGGUAUGUGACCCUACACGUACUGGACGUCCCUCCCUCUGUGCUGGAGAGUGUCCAACAGGGCCGGCCGCUGGUGCUGGUCUCCCUGCUGCCACACGAACAGAAGAUGUCAGUGAUGCACUUGUUGGUACGGCGGCAUCCUAGCAACACAGAGCCCAUCAAGUCCAAAGAGGAGCUGGUGUUCCAGUGCGGGUUCCGCCGGUUCCGAGCCUCCCCAAUCUUCUCCCAGCACACCUCUGCUGACAAGCACAAGAUGGAGCGCUUCCUGCGAGACGACGCCCCCACCGUGGUGUCUGUGUACGCCCCCAUCACCUUCCCCACCGCGGGAGUGCUGCUCUUCAAACAGAGAGACAACGGGAUGCAGGACCUGGUGGCCACGGGCAGUCUGCUGAGCUGUGACCCCCAGAGGGUGGUGCUGAAGAGGACGGUGGUGAGCGGACACCCCUUCAAGAUCAACCGCCGCUCCGCCACCGUCAGAUACAUGUUCUUUAACAGGGAGGACAUUCUGUGGUUCAAGCCGGUGGAGCUGCGCACUAAGUGGGGCAGAAGAGGACACAUUAAGGAGGCCUUAGGUACGCACGGACACAUGAAGUGUGUGUUUGACAACCAGCUGAAGUCUCAGGAUACCGUGCUGAUGAACCUCUAUAAGAGGGUGUACCCACGUUGGACCUAUGACCCGUACGUGCCCCUCCCCCUGCCCUGGGUCAAACAGGAACAGGAAGUCAACAUGAGUGAAAUCGACAUGGAGUAGACAGGAGAUACACCAUCCCCAUGACAACAGUGGAACGUCACUUUAAAUAUCACAUGCAUGUAGUAAUAAACCAAUCCUUAAACCCCCCCAAAAAA